UCCACUGGUACCGGGGCCUGAGGACCGAGCAACGGACCGACCGCCGCCGCUCUUUCCCCCGCAGAUGAUGGCUCGGUUCUGGAGGGUCUGGGCCGGGAUCUUCGUCCUGCUAACAGCCGGGCCUCCGGUGUCUCAGCCCUUCAGCCACCUGAGGUUCAACCUGUGCAGGUGGUGCGAGGCGACCGGCCCGCUGUGCAGAGACAGCGUCUGCUUCAGUAACUGCAGCCUGUCCUCCUUCUGCACCGUCACCGAGGAGAUCUGCGUGGCCCUCUGGAGAAAAAACAACGACACCAUGACGGUGCACACCAUGUGUCACAACCCCACCCUGCCACUGGAGGGCGUCGACCCGGGCCUGCUGCUGAACUUCACCACCGCCGAGUGUCACAUGGUCCCACAGCCGGCGGAGGACGGAGACCUGAUGGUGUGCGGCUGUGACGGAGAGCAAGAGUGCAACGACAAGCUCAUCUUCGACAAGGGAGCCAACGGGUUCUCCAAGGUGCACAGCAAGGACGUAAUUCCAGUGGUGGUGGUCAGCCUGGUGCCUCCACUCCUGGUGGCCUUAGUUGCCGCGGCAGCUUUCUACUUCUACCGCAUACGACGUCCUGACAAACCAGGUCCUCCUGCACGCCCCACCUGGUCAACCAAACACACCACAGAGCUCUACCAGACUUUCGACCUGCCACAUGGGGGUCUGGGGGCUGGGGGAGACGGUUUAAGGGGUCCCAAAGCUGAGAGGGCAGAGUCUAAUGGCAAAGUGCUGUCUCUCAACAACAGCAUCAUGGGUGACGUGACGGAUCAUCAGGGCCAGUUGAAUGGCCCCUUACCAAUCAAGCUGGAGGUCCUGGUGGGUAAGGGGCGCUUUGCUGAAGUGUGGAGGGCGCGUCUGCUGCAGGGCGAAAAGGGGGGAGUGAACAGUUACGAAACCGUGGCGGUGAAGGUGUUUCCGAGCGUGGAGUACGUUUCAUGGAGAAACGAGUGCUCCAUCUUCUCUGAUCCCAAACUGGAGCAUGACAACGUGGUUCGGUUCCUCGCCGCCGAACACAGGGGCCUGCCCGGCCACGCCCUCGGGAAGUACUGGCUUGUUCUGGCCUAUCACGGCCUCGGGAACCUGCAGGAUUUUCUCAUGGCCAACGUCCUGGGCUGGGAGGAGAUGGUUGCCAUGGCCGCCAGCAUUGCCAGAGGGUUAGCUCAUCUCCAUAGCGACACAACGCCCAGUGGGAUACCAAAGGUGCCGAUAGCCCACCGGGACCUAAAAAGUAGCAACAUUGUGGUGAAGAGUAGCAGGGAAUGCGCCCUGUGUGACUUUGGUCUGGCACUACGACUAGACCUCUCCCUCACUGUCGACGACUACGCCAACAGCGGACAGGUGGGGACGGCUCGCUACAUGGCCCCCGAGGUCCUGGAGUCCAGAGUGAACCUGGAGGACCUUGAGGCCUUCAAGCAGAUGGAUGUUUACUCCAUGGCUCUGGUGCACUGGGAGAUGGCCUCCCGCUGCCUCGCCAUCGGAGAGGUGAAGGGCUACGAGCCGGCGUUUGGCUCUCGGGUCUGCGAGCAGCCCUGCGUGGACAGCAUGAGGGACCUGGUGCUGAGGGACCGAGGACGGCCCGACAUCCCGCCGGCGUGGACGCAGCACCGGGGGAUGGACAUCUUCUGCUCCACCAUCACUGAGUGCUGGGAUCACGACCCCGAAGCCCGGCUGACAGCUCACUGCGUGGUGGAGCGCUUCAACGUGCUGCAGCAGGAGGAGGAGGAGCAGGCGGAGGAGGAGGAGGAGGAGCAGGAGACGAGGCGAGGCGCUGACCGAGAAGAGAGAGGAGACGGUGUAAAGGACUCAGAGAUGCCAGGCGACAACCAGAGUCCUUCUAUCUCCUCUGCUGCUUCCUCCCUUCACCCUCUCCACAUGGCCCAGCAGGACUCAAAGACAAGUGGCUCAGAGGUAUCCCAUGAUUCACUGCUUCACACCAGCUCCACGAUGUAAGCUCCACUGUGGUCCCACACUACGAGCCCUGCAUCCUCCUGCUGCCUUUACACUCAAAACAACAAAUGUUACUGUGACUUUAGCAGCUGAUAGCGAGAGACUGACAAUUAAAAUGUAAUGUACAGCUGGGAGGCUAAUGCUAACAGGUUACCAACAGGUGAUGGGAACAGGGAGGCUAAUGCUAACAGAUUACCAACAGUAUGAUUGGAACGGGAAGGCUGAUGGUAAUAGGUUAUCAACUGAUAAUGGUAACAGGGAGGCUAAUGCUAACAGGUAAGUAGUGAUGAAAGAGGAAGGCUAAAUCUAACAGCUAACACGUUAGCCAACAGGUGAUGAUCAAGAAGGCUAAUGCUUACAGCUAGUCAGCAGAUGGCAGGAACAGGAAGGCUAUUGCUAACACCUAGUCAACAGGUAAUAGGAACAGGAGGACUAAUGCUGACAGCUAGUCUACAGGUGAUUGGACCAGGGAGGCUAAUGCUAACUGAUGAUGUUCAUCAUAGCAGUUCUGCUGGCAGAGAUACAUGCAUUUAUGUAUUUUAGUUUUUAUAUUUUGUCUGAAAGUGUUUUUCAUGUUUUGGGAGCUGGUCUUCGUUGUGUUGUUGUUGUUUUAUACUUUAAUUGUGGGAUUAUUUUCUCUAUAAUCUACUCGUAUGAAAAAAAUGGACAGAAAGUUAUUUAAAAAGUUGUGAAAAUUCAACAAUUUGGAAAUUUAUAAUUAAAAUGACAAGAUAAUACUAAAGGAAUCCCAAAGAUUAUAAAUGCUUUUUUGUUUUUAAACACAAAUACCGACUUAAGCAUCUCCACAAUAUGUCAUUUGUUUUGUAAUAAAGUCUUUCAUGUC